CCUUUUCUUCCCCCUUCAUUUUCACACCCCACCCAUCACCCAUCCACACACCAUAUCCCAUUUUUCACACCAAACCAAACCAAACCAAACACACCAACAAAACAUGUCUACACUCAACAACUUUGCUGACGUUACUCACCCACAACCUUUAGCAACCGGACCCCUCCCCCCUCGCCGGCGCCGUCGCCGUCGCACCCGUCCCACCCGGCGCCGCCGCCCUUCUCACGCGUUAAACACCGAACCCACCACCACCGCCACAGAUGGAAACAGCAGCUUUGGAUUAUCCGACUCCGACGCGCACUCGUCGGCGCGUGUAGAUUCCGAAUGUGGGUCUUCUGGAAUCUUCUCGUAUAAUCACAGCCGCAUGGAGUCUUCUUCAGAUGAAGUUGAUUUGGAAAGUGGGGAGUUGGAGAUGAAGGUGCAUUGUUUUUGUCGGAUUUGUCAUCUGGGUUUUGAGAUUGGUGGUGGUGAUGCGGCGGAGUACGGUGGUGGUGAUGGUGGUUGGAUUGAAUUGGGGUGUGAUUGUAAAGGGGAUCUGGGUACUGCUCAUAAACAAUGUGCUGAAACUUGGUUUAAGAUUAAAGGGAAUAUGAUCUGUGAGAUCUGUGGUGCUACAGCACAAAAUGUUGGUGGGGACCAGACCCAUGAGAUGACCCACACCAUCACUGAGACCGAGCCAGUUGACCGGUCAGCCACAGGACCCGUGGUGGUUCCUACCGAGCCAAGAACUUUCUGGCAGGGCCGCAAAAUCAUGAAUAUCUUGUUGGGUUGCAUGGUUUUUGCAUUCAUUAUUUCUUGGCUGUUUCACUUCAAUGUAUUGCCUUAAUUCGGGUCAUUUGAUCAAAAACAUUAAAUGUGUUGAGAAGAUAUAGAUAUCAGUUUGUGUUGUAUGCAAUGACUGUUGGAUCACAGAAAUGUAUAUACUCAGUAAGGGUGAAAGUAUAUCUUUGAUGAGGCAUUGAGUUCAUUUUUCUUCG